AUGAGGUCCGUGUUCGACAUUGCCAGGAGCCACGUCACGCUUCCCGUGACGAGGGACCUGGAGGCGCUCCGGCGGGUGCUUCGAGAUUGGCACCACUACACGGAGAAGCUGCAGCUGCAGGAGAAGACGACGCACCCCGCGGCGUUGUGCGUGACGGUGCACCCGUCGCGGCGGUUUGCUCCGCCGCCCUCGCCGCAGGGGGGCGCAGGGGACACGUACACCCGGCGUGUUCCGCUGCGGCUCUGGACCGCGGUUCUUCCAUGGGAGGUGCAGCGUGGGCUCUCCAUGAGUGAACUGCGGCUGCCCGGCACCCUGGGCGCGCCCGAGCAUCGCGGAGAGGCUGUCGACGGCGAUGCGAAUGGUCCACACGUGCGGGACACGGCGGCGGCAGCGGAGGAGGAGGAGGAGGAUCCCUUCGGCGUGGUCACGGCGGCAUCGCCGGGCACGAUGGGCGAGGUGCAGGGCCUCCGGUGUGGCGCCACGGGAAUUACCGCCGCUGCUGCUCCCGCCUCCGCCUCGCCGGGGAUGCUGUUUGUCUUGGACGUUGAGUCGGCGGCGCAGGGUGUGAGUUUCUGGAGCGGCGCCAUCCUGCAGUCGAUUGACGUGGCGUUUAUCUCCCCGGUGGAGCCCGUGGUGGCAAACUCGCAGUCGUUUCAGGAGCUGCGGCGGCGUCAGCUGGCGGCAGCGGAGGGUGGGGGGCGCAGCGGCACGGACGAGAGGCGGGCCGUGCACGGCCUCUCCCGCUUCUUCCCGGAGGGCGAGUUGGACUCGCCGACGGUGGCCUUCGCCGUGCAGUCGCACUCCCACCUGGACCCGUUUCCGCGGUGCGACAGGGCAGCGGGGACGGGCGGGCAGCGGCGGCACACGGCGGCGCCAGCGGAGGUGGAGCCAAGUCAUGCCGCCGCGGGGGGCGGCAAUGCCCCGCCCCGCUACGUACUGGAGACCCCGCGGCACCUGUUCCGCGACAGCGUGGGGGCCGCGCUGCGCGAGUGCCGCCAGCUUCGCGCCACGACAGCGGCGAUGGAGGUGACUCUCACGCUGGAGCUCUCCGACGGGCUGAAGGAGGAGCUGCGGGAAAAGGCCCGCCUUUGCAGCAACUACGUGCUGCCGCUGGAGGAGCACAUUGCGUACCACCUCCGCCGCCAAAGCAGCACCGCGGAGGCGCCGCAGUGGGAGCGGGAGGCCCCGCAAAGUGCAAAGGAGGAGACGAUCCUCGCGACGACGGGUAAAGCCGCCGCACCGCCGCCCGCUGCCCUUGCAGAGGUGGUGCAGUGGCCUAUUCGCCCCGCGCGGCCCAACAUGGCGGGCGCGACGGCGGCGACGCGGCUGCGCUCGCCGAUGCUUGCAGAGGAGCAUGAGAACCUCCCGUCGCAGCUUGCGCCAUCGGUGACGGGCAAACACGAGGCUCCUGUCCUUCGCAGCGCUGAAAAGGCGCAGAACCAGCUUAUCAGCGCCAGGGCGAUUGCACGUUACCCUAGCACUUCCUCGCACAUGCCCCACCUUCCGCCCAUUGACUAUGAACUGUUCGACCUCUGCCUGCGCCUAGGCCUCUGCCAGGAGGAUGUUAUUUACUACUUCUACGGGCGCAUCAUGCGGGAAUGGCAAAAGGAACUGCGGCGCCUGCGGGAGCGUCCUGCUGGAACGGGCAACAGCGCAGUCCGUGAUGCAGAUAUACGCCGUAUGCUUUUACUUGUUCGCGAUCCCUCGCUGCAGGUGCCAGAGGAGCUCUCAGCCUGCGUGGAGGCGGUUGCACGGCGCCGCAAUCUCCAGAACGAGUUCCGAGACAUCUGA